GAUAUUAACAAUAAUAAGUUAUGUAAUAGAGUCAAUUUUGUAAUUCUUGUUUUGAAAGAAGGGAAUGUGGGUAUAAAACUUUUCGAGAUUAUAGAAAUUUCCUCGUCAGUUUUUGAGAUAUAUAAAUGAAAUUUAAUACGUACAUACAUAGGUGCAUUUUAAAAUUCUAUUGAUAAUUCGUCGGAAUUGACCAGAUCGGAGUACUAUAUCACAUAUUUCCCGUUCAACCAAUUAUUCAGUUAUUUUAUUUUCCGGCUGCUUGCCUUUGAUUAAAAAGUGAAGUGAAUAUUGCAGUACUGUACUCUUAAAUACACUUACAGUGACAGUGAAACAAAAGAAAAUUGGGCAACUGUAUCACAUAUCACACAUGCAACCGAUUAUUCCGACUCUACGAUAUAACUGUUUUAAUUACAGAGCUAAGAGCUCGAAAUUUUGUUGAAUAGUCCUCUAAUAUACACUUAAUAAUUUUUUUUUUUUAAUUUUUUUUAAAUUUAAUUUAUACAUUACAACUAGUUCGAAUAAGAAAGAACUAACAAGCAACUUGAAUAUAACUUAAACGUAUGUAUAAUCACAAAAUUACAAAACUACUAUGAGAGUAUUGGCUAAUUUGAACGAUCGCUGGGUUUGAAACGUUUGAGUCGUCUUGGUGGUCCAUCUCUAAAAGUUAACAUGGCAACUUCUUCGUUACAAUGCUGUAGCAAUCUUGCAAUAUGUGCUGUUGCAAUUUUUAAUAUUUCUGGGUUAACCGAGUUCACGCUUAGAUCGCCCUCUAUAUCAGCACAUCUACAAUACCAAGGCGCUUUGACAAUUAGUCUUAGUACUUUGUUUUGAAUUGUAGGAUGACUUUCUUAUUGUUUUCUUUAGUACAUCCUCAGAGUUGUGCACCAUAGCUCAAUAUCGGUCGGAAUAUUUGCUUAUAGAUAAGUAACUUAUUUUCGAUGGAUAGAACUGAUUUGUUACCGAUUAACCAAUUAUAAUUUUUGAGUCGGAUGUCCAGCUCUUUACGUUUGUUUCUUACUUGAACUUUCCACUGCAGCUUAGAGUCAAGCGUCACUCCUAAGUAUUUAGUAAUUAUGUGAUAUCAAUAUCAUCGGCAUACGCCAGCAGCUGUAAACUCUAACAAAAGAUUGUACCUGCUCGAUUAAGUUCUACAGCUCGAACUAUUUUCUCCAGCAGCAGAUUGAAGAAGUCGCACGAUAGGGAGUCGCCUUGUCUGAAACCUCGUCUGGUAUCGAACGGCUCGGAGAGGUGCUUUCCGAUCCUGACGAAUCUUUUGUUGCCACUCAACGUCAGUUUACACAUCCGUAUUAGUUUUGCGGGAAUACCAAAUUCAGACAUCGCGACAUAAAGGCAGCUCAUUUUCGUGCUGUCGAAAGCAGCUUUGAAAUAGACGAAGAGGUGAUGUGUGUCGAUUCUCCUUUCACGGGUCUUUUCCAAGAUUUAGCGCAUGGUGAAUAUCUGGUCGGUUAUUGAUUUGCCAGGUCUAAAGCCACACUGAUAAGGCCCAUUCAGUUUGUUGACGGUGGGCUUUAAACUUCCACACAAUAUGCUCGAUAGAACCUUGUACGCGAUGUUGAGGAGGCUUAUCCCACGGUAUUGGCGCAAAUGCGUCUCGCUUCCCUCUUCAACUUUUAGUAUCUAUCCCAUCCCGCACGUGUUGUGGUCGACCGUAACGUUGCGAGGUAGGCAGCCUGUGUUCUCUCCGCUGCGACACGGUACUUCUCGUCGUAACAGCUGUUCUUUUGUAUUUCCCGAAAAUCAAUGGUUUCGGGGGCAGCUGUACGUAAGGAGGAGGAGGAGUUGUGAUUGCAGCUUCUCGACGUCACACCUUCCUUGUGGAGGCUGACUUUACCGACCGUAGUGUCAAAGGUACCUUCUUUGCCCACCCUGGCGUUAAAGUCGCCACGCACGAUUUUGACGUCGUGGCGGGUGCAGCUCCCAUAGAAGGCAUCUUUGAUUACAUCGUCCUUCUAUUCCGUCGGGGCGUGGGCGUUGAAGGACCUCGCUUUGAUGCGGAUUGUGACUACACGUUCAUUCACCGGAGUGAAUGAUGGUACUCGGCGACGGAGUCUCUCUCCCACCACGAAUACUUGCGCUCCUUUAUAUGGCCAUUGUUGUAAAUUCAAGAAAGACCUACUUGUCUCAGUCCUUGCCCCAUCCAUCGCAUUUCUUGGACGGCAGUGAUGUCAGCCUUUAUUUUCGUGAGGACUUCAACCAGCUGGGCAGCGGCACCUUCCCAAUUAAGGAACCGAACAUUCCAGGUGCAUGCCCUCAAUUCAUAGUCCUUAUUUAGUUUGCCAUGGUCGUCAUCAAAAAGGGGACUCCUCAUCCGGGGCUGAUUGCUAAUUUUCAUUGGGGUGUUUUUUUUACGUGGCGGGUCCCAAAGCCAGCGCACAACCCUAUGGAGGGAAUGUUUCGCCUUCUCACUUUAGCUCGCCUUCAAACGGAUGUUCUUAGGCUACCCAGAGGAUAUUUGGUCAAAGAGCGAAAGUCGUACGCUGCUUGAGCCAUAUGUAAAAGAAUCGUUUCUGGCCACUCCCAAGUGAAUUGCGGUCAAAGAACUUUCCUCACUUGUGUGAGCUUCUACACAUGACUUCCAUCCUUCAUCACUAUUGGCUAUAUAUAAAAUCACAAAACAUUUAAAAAAUUGUACAAUACAACAUAAAAGUAGAACAGAUAUUUCGAUUUUACCAAAUAUAACUAAAAAGUUGUUUACAAAAUAUUGUACUUGAUUAAAUAUAUAAAACUAGCUGACCCCGCAGCCGUUGUCCUGCGUAAAAUUAUGUAUUUUGAAAUGAAAAGAAAGUUAAAUUUAUCAUUUCAUGUUUUUUUUUCAAUGUAACGCAGCUUUAUAGUAAACAACUUUUUUUGAUUUCUGUUCCGGUGUACAGAAAAGAUGGUUUUCCAACUCGUCAGCACGCCACGGCCGUGUGAAAAACAUAGCAUUUCCUUAUUUAUGCCGGAAUACGUUUGAACUGAAAUGGAAAAGCGUUAGAACUCAAAGGAAUUCGUAGAAUCAAGCAUUCUCCCCCUUGUAUUCGGCGCAUGAAGAUUGCAAAACAUAAUAACGACGGAUCCUACUUUGAGACGCAAAUGAUGCGGUGGCAUACCAAGCCUCUCCAAAGAAUUUAGAAAUACCACUGGAUAAUUUACGGUGUCGUCUUCAUUGUCAAGACGAUCGAUCGAUUUGUAUGAGCGCAAGUCUCCCGAAAUUUGACUUUGAAUCUUCCAGUUUAAGUCAACAACAUCGGUAUUUUUGGCAGCUAACAUCGUGCGUGCACUUAAGGAAUCGUAGUUAUGAUAAUUUAGCCAAUGUCCGAACAUUUGUGAUGAGUUCAUCUUUCGUGAAUUGAUAUCGAGCCAUCGGAAGUAUCAACCGAAAUUGUACUAUUUCCAAUUUUUAGCGAAGACGAUGUAAAAUGUCUUUUGCAAUGUCGAUGUUUAUAUCGAAAAGAAUGCGAACUUCAUUUUCAUUCCAGUGAUUAACGUGCUCCAGCAAAUGUAAUUGCUGGCUUACUUCUCCAAAACUUGCACACAUCGAACCAUUCACAGUAAGCAAUGACUCAAAUAUAGUUGAACCGCGUACAUUAAUCAAUAGCAACCGAAGGUAGAAACAAUCGUCGUUUUUCGGGUGGAUUGUAUAAAUUCGUCCUAAUGCAUUAGACACCUGUAUGUCAAUCUACUGGUUGGCCUUUGACGAUGCAUUCAAUGUAUAAUAUCAAGGUAUUUCCGAAUAGAGAAAUGAUCUCACAAACGGAUCAAUGACGAAAGUUGAGAAAAAACUCGACAAUGUUAAUUUUGUUGCUGGCGAUGUUUCCACUGGCUAUACUGUAUUCUCUGGGUCGAAAUACACCUUUUGCCCAUUCUCCAAAUUAACUGCGAGACGCACAACAGUGGGAAAACGUUCAUGAAUUGGAAAAGUAAAUAUCCUACAAAGCGCUUUAUUGCAGUUCACGUAUCGACCGUAUCGUUCAAGACCAAUAAUCGCUAUGUUGCUUCCUUUGAUGACGUACUUACAAACGUAUUUUAUCGAUUUCACCAAACUGCAAUACCAAACACUGAUAUGAGUUUUGAAUAUGAAUUACACAAUAAGGGUGAAUAUAGUACGAUCUAUGUGUUGUCAACUUCGAUAUUCACUCUUCUAAGUUGAAUGCUGAAUGUUCUGUUAUCUGGUGAGCGACGCCGAUAGAGUUGAUAUCCAUCAUUUCCAGUUUGUGUUACCGAAAGAAAAGCACGUGGAUACUGUUUCGUGCAUUUAUUGUCAGACAUACAAACCGAAAAGGGAUUGUAGUGUCCGCAAGGUCCAUGAACCAUAUUGGUUUCCACCACUUCAUAUAAUACUGGAUCUUUCUCUACAUCAGGAAUUUCCGGAGAAAUGAUUUAAUCAAUUUGAUCUGGUGUAACCAUCAUCCACCAUCCAAAGAAGAAUGUGUGCGUGCCGAAAACCUCUAUUUUGCCACUCAACAGAGUACAUCUAGCAUCCAACAGCACCGUACAUAUAUACGUUCCUUCAAGAUAAAGUCAAUCAAACAUCGCAACUGUUGUUUGAAAAGUCGUGCUGUGAUGAUCGCUUGCUGAUUGAUCGCGAUCCAUAAUUCCGCACGUACAUAUGUCACCGCAUCCUGGGAGUACUUCUUGCCUUGCCUUGGGCUGCCAUACGUUGAUGGCAAAACGAAGGCCGACCGAUAUUAGGGCGACCUCUUCGUGGCUUCGUAACAAAUUUCAAUCUGCAAUUGACCUCUUUGUGUGAAACACACGUAAAGUUUUCUCUGAAUAAUUUUCAAUAAUUUUUCUUUUGAAUAGCCGGAAUAAAAAAGCAAGCCACCGAAAUUAAACUAUUCAAAUAAUUUACAAAUAAAAAUAUUGAAAAACAAAACAAACAAAAAUUGUAUGGAAAAAAGUUACUAUUGGAAUUAUCAAAUUUUAUCGAGUUUUCAUUGUUUUUAAUAUGUAUUCUGCUAUUCGGGGUGGAGACAAAUCCAACGAAUCAAUAACCAUGAAAAUUGGUUCAGCAGAUCUCGAGUUAUAAGUGUUCGAACAAACCCGUCUUUGUUUUAUAUAUAUAGAUUAGAAAAAUAGUAAUAAUAAAAUCCAGUAAAUUAAUAAAUAAUUAAGAUACAAUACAUAUUGAUAUUUUAAUAUAUACUUGUGGCCACGCAAAGCUUUAGCAGACUGACAUGCGAUCAAAAAAUUAUAUUUUUGUAUUUUUUGUUUUCAAUUUCAUUUCAUGUACACCAUAUUUCAAAUUAUUGUUUUAUUUUUUUUAAUUGAAAUACGGAGUUUAAUCGCUUUAUUACUUUAAAAUCAAUAAAAUCUGUCAUUUUUGUAUAACCGCAGAGCUAGUUUGUGUUUUACUCAUUGAACGUAAAAUCUAAAAUUAUAAUGAGAUAAUAUAAUUUAGUUUACUUAUGUUUACUAGAAACAUAAAAAAAAUUGAACAAAAUCCCGAACGAACGAAAAAAGUUCUAAAAAAUGUAGGAAAGUGUCGUGGUAAGCUUUGCGUGGUUAUAUGCUAUAAUUAACCGAUCUGAACAAUUCCUUCGAAGAUUACAUUGUUGCCUGUACCAAAUUUCGCUAAUAUACUAUAUCUUGUGAAAUGCAAAAGUUUGCCAUACCAACACUAUAUUCCGAUCGUUCAGUUUGUAUAGCAGCUUUAUGCUAUAGUAAGCCGAUCUGAACAAUUUUUUCGUAUAUUACAUUAUAAUCUUAGAAAAUAAUGUAAAAAUUUUCAUACAAGAACUUGAUUCCGAUCGUUCAGUUUGUAUGACAGCUAUAUGUUAUAGCGGUCCGAUAUCGGCAAUUCCGACAAAUGAACAGCUUCUUGAAGAGAAAAUGACGUUUGCAAAAUUUCUAAACUGAGGGACAGUUCGUAUAUAUACCUACGGACAGACCGACCGACAGACAGACGGACAUGGCCAAAUCGAUUGAACUCAACAUACUGAUCAUUGUGUUAAAACUUCGUAGUUGUUCAAUUUAUAGUGAAGUACCUUCAUGCUGCUGAUAGCGAGAUCAGACGCUCGUUCUAGUUUGGUAAAAUAUGAUUGGUACACAUAUUUUGAAGGUGAGUCUAAAAUAACCCCAUCUAACAAAGUCCAGAAACUCUUUAUAUACGUUGGCGUUGAAAACAAUAAUUAUAGUAUUAUUAUUAAUAUUUAAAAGUUUUAAAUAAUUAAGUAAAUUUUUGACAUUGUCUUCGUUUGGGGUGCUUAGUAUGGAUAUGGGAUCUUGAAGAAACACUAUGGAUCGGAGAAGGUUUAAGGAUAUGGGUGAUUGUUACUCCGUAUUCAUCAAGUACAGAAGUGUAAGACGCGUGUGUCUAAGGCGUAGCGUUAUAAAACAUUUGUUCGUUACUGCUGUUGUAUUGGUUGGUAGCCUUAUUGCGUGUUUGUCUGGAUUUAGGUUUCUAUAGCGACUAAUUUCUUUCUUCUAUUCGUAUGGGGCUUGUAAUAUCUCACUUCUGAUUCGGGUUUUUUCCGAAAUCGACAUCAACAUUACCUGGGAUCCACAUGACCUUAAUUGUUUUUAAGUUCAUUAAGGAAGUAGUAAUGGUAAAUAUUUCUUCUGAGUGGUUAUCAAGGCUAUGAAGUCCAUGAAGUACUGCUUUGUUAUCUGCGCAGAUGAUAAAUGUAUUUCUUUCGUUGGUCGCAAACUUUAACGCGAUAAGGAUAGUCUGAAUUUCAGCCUCGUGAAGUUUGAUCUAGUAAAAUUCCGUAUGCUAUCAAAUUACCAUUUUCCAGUCGAUAUUUUUUAAUGGAACGGCUAAAUGCUUGAUUAUACAGGGUGGCGCAAAAGUCAGAAGAUAAUCAGAAGACGCCAUAAAUUUUGCAAUUGACUUCUAAUGUCAGUUCUGUUUGACAUUUGUGUAGUAAACACAUGCGAAAUACACGUAAAUAAACAAUGGUACGCUACACUGUGUGCCACAAUCGAUAUGUUGAAGGGAUCAUUUCCCGGGCGCCUAAUCUCCCGUUUUGGCGAUUUGCACUGGCCAUCCAUAUCGCCUGAUCUUCCGCUCCAGACUUCUUUCUGUGGGGCUUUUGAAGUCGCGGGUUGAUACCAACAAGCCGCAGACUCUUGCAUCUUUUAAAGACAAUAUUCGUCAAGAAUGAGAAGACUUAUCGCCGUAAGUUCUGGCCAAAGUGAUGAAAAAUGCCAUAAAAAGGGCUCAAAUGACAAUCAACUGUUGCUGUCACUAUUUACAUGACAUCAUCUUCUCGACUUGAUGUAAAAAAAUUUAAAACACCAAAUAAACAUAAUCCACAAGCAGAAUGAAAGUUCUUCAUUUCUUAAAAAAGUUUUUCACUUUCGAAAAAAUAUCGGAAGGUUACUUUGGCGUCCCUGGUACAUAAGUAUGCUAGUUGAGCCUUUCGGGAAUACAGAGAGCGUGUUGAUUAUUGAUUGGAACAUAGCAACCAGUGAUAUGGGAGUGAUAUGUUUCCUAUAGUUUUUGAUUACCCAUUUCUGUAUUUGCUGUAACAUAUAGAACAUCUCCGUAAGACCAGAUUUUAUAUACAUGUAUAUAUGAACAAAUAUAUUGACUGUUAGUAUUAUUUAUUGAAUAUAUGUUUAAUCAUACUUACUAUACAUAUAUAGAUUGAAUAUGUAAUAUAUAAUAACGGGUGGGUCAUUUAAUGUUUUAAAUUUGAAUUGUCUAUAUUUCGACAUUGGAAACGUCAAAUACCAUUCAGAAAGUGACAGAUAUUCAGUAAAAAGUCUAAAAUUUACGAAAUGAGUCGCUAUUCACUAGAAGAAAACUGGGAAAUAUUGGGCAGAAGAUCGUUAAACCGAGGAUGGUCAAUUUUACCGAAAAAUCAUAAUUUCGGACGAGGCUCAUUUCCACCUCUAUGAAAAGCAGAAUUGUCGCAUUUGGGGCACAAAAAACCCGCACGUGGCAUACAGCAAACGCUACACCCAAUCUUUUACGCCCUAUCUUCGAAAAUCGCAUAAUCAUCAUGUGAAUUGGCCACCCAGAAGCUCUGAUUUAACUCCGUUGGAUUAUUUUCUGUGGGGAUCUGUUAAAGAUAAAUGUUACGCCAACAAUCCAGAAACAAUUCAAGAUCUAAAGUACGAGAUUCAGGCUGCUGUAGCUGCCAUAAGGCCUGAAACCAUCAAGAAAGUGCUUAAAAAUUGGGUGGAUCGGAUAAGCUACUGUAAACUCAGCCGUGGUGGUCAUUUGUCCGAAAUUGUUUUCCGCAAAUAAAUUUUAUAAAAUAACCUUUUAAAUAAAUGUUAGACCUUUGAAACUAUAAAGCCGUUUUAUUGACUUUUUAAAUUUAAAAUUUUAUAUGGCCCACCUGUUAGUUAUGGUGUUUUUUCGGGUUAUAAGUAGCCUUACUUCCUUAUCCAAAAUUUAGCUAACGUACUCCAACAUAAGCGGCACGAUCUACUAAUGAAAGAAAACCACGUUCGGCUACCAGAUAUUUGAGAGGAGCUGUCCGAAAGGCACUAAGGCUAAAUCUGACAGUAGUAUGAUAUGCGCCCACUAUUUUAGUAAGAUAAUAUCUUAUAUCAUAUUAUGAUUUCGAGGUCUUGCCAUAAACUUGAAAUCAGCGGUAAAUUUUUGCGAGGAACGUAAGCUUUGUAAAUUUAAAUUUAUGUAUGUACUGGUGUGGGUAUUGUUCUGUGAGCGCUUGUAGCUCACCUGUGAGAGCUGCCCCCGCCACGAUGUCAAAAUCGUGCUUGAAGACUUUAAAGCCAGGUUGGGCAAGAAAAGUAUCUUUGGCACAACAGUCGGUAAAUUCAGCCUAAACGACGAAACAUCCUCAAAUGGGUUCAGGCUGAUCGACUUGACGGGUCCCGAAAUAUGAUUAUCUGUAGUGGUAGAUGUCAGCAUAAGAAAAUACAUCAUGCUACCUAGCUGUCUUCGGAUCGAAAAGCCACCGGCGAGAUCAAUCAUGUUGUGAUAGAUGGAAGACACGUCUCCAGUGUUUUAGAUGUGCGUGCGCUCCGAGGUCCUAACAUCGACUCGAACCACUACCUUGUUGCAGCCAAGAUUAGCAGCCGCCUCUGUGCAGCAAAAAACGCACGUCAACCAACACAAGGAAGGUUCGACGUCGAGAAGCUGCAUUCACAACAGACAGUCGAACGAUUUCCUACUCGAAUUGCACUCCUGCUCUCUAAGAGCACUCCUCAACAACUCGGUAUAAGAGAACUGUGGGACAUCAUUUCAAUGGUUUUCAGAAAAAACAAAAGCACAGCUAGUACGACGAGGAGUGUCGUGUCGUAGCGGAGAGAAAACAGACUGCUUACCUCGCAACGUUAUGACCGACCACAACACACGCGAGUUACGUCAGUAACAACGACGGCAGCUCCAACUCCAAAAACACCAAAACCACAGCUAUGGCUUAGCCUUCACAAUUAAAAAACCAAGGCACGAAAAUACAUAUAAACAAUCAAAAAUGAAAUAUGCCGAUUAAGCAUAAACAGCAGUUUUUAUUAUUGUCGCUUAUUACUUUGUAGCGACACUUACACAAUUUAUGUACAGAACGACACUUAAGCAAUUUGCUUGCAUAAGGGUCGUUCACUUUAUUAUUGCUUAUAUUACUUUUCGAGCAUUGACCAGUAAAUUCUGCAUUUGCAGAAUUUGUACACAAACAAAUACACAAUAUGUUACAGUAUAACAGCUUAACAGCUGAACAAUUUUUAUUGUUAUAAAUAGCAGUGACAUUGACAUUUUCAGUUUAGUUCAGAAGAACCAAAAAAGAAGAGUGAAAUUAUAUAUAACUUUGUGUUUUUAUUUACUUUACACACUUAACAGGCGCAGUCGAAGAGUUAUUUUUUCUGAAGAAAAAUAACUAUAAAGUACCUACUAUCGAUAUCCACAAGGAUAACCAAAAUUUUAUUGAAUCAUUAUUGAUGAACAUUCAGCAUUACUUUCGCUAGACACGGUGGUGAAGUAAAAAAAGUGAAGAACUAAAAAUUAAAAGUAAAUAAUUAAAUUGCAUAACUGUGAAAAAAAACUUACGCUAAGAAUUGAGAAGUGCAAAUAUAUACUACAUAUACUGUUAAAAUUCAACCAAGCAGUAAAAGUGUAUAGAAGAAUUCUGACGUAUUCGCUACAAAACAUCUUUAAACUAUAAAACAACAAAAAAAAACAUUAAAAUGGAAACACAUAAAAUAUCAGCUGGAGCAAAUCAAACUCUAUCUGCUGCAACACGUCACUUGCCACCUAACAAUUCAACUUUUCAAUUACCACUAUCGGAAGCACUAAAAGAAGCAGCGAGAAUCCAGGAGUUCCGAGGAGAUAACACAUACGACGUCACAUCAUUCAUUAAUGAAGUCGAACUUUUCAUGGACUUGUUUGCUGGUACCAAUAUGGAGUAGUAUUUCUAUAAGCGGCACGUCCAAAAAAAAAAUCAAGGAGAAGCAGUUAACACAAUUAGAGCCCCCGACAAUCUUAGCUGGACAGAAGUAAAACAAGAACUCCUGAGGAAUUUUGGAGUUCGCGAAUCGUAUCAUCAACUGAACCACAAGGCGCUGAACGUAAGAAAUUAUAAUGUAAGCCAAUCAUUUUACUGUCUUAAAAAUAUAUUAGAUAAGUUAAACAAUAAAUAGACCGGGAACACCAAAAUAGUUUUCUCCGGCAAUAAACGAGGCAAUGAUAUUAAAAACAUUUUUGAGCAGCAUGCCAGUGCAUCUAGCCAGCAUAAUACCUAGUAGAAGCAUAGGGAAUCUUAGAGAAGCAUAUUAUAGUCUAGAGGAAUGUGGUCUGGUACAGAAUAGAAUUAGUACAUAUAGCAACAACGCACAAUCAAAUAGUAGAAAUAAUUUUAGGCCAAAUCGCAACCCAAUAGAUCAAAAUAAUUAUCAAAGCAGGCAAACAAAUAACCGGUUUCAAAACCAAAAUAACAAUUCGAGGCAAGAUAAUCCCCAAACACAAAAACAAUUUUCAAGAAAUUUAGGAGCAUACAGAAAUCCAAUAUACACAAGUAGAAAAGAAAAUAAUGUCGCUCAUCUUCAAGAAAAUAAUACCGAUACAGAAGAAACUGGUGAGGUAAAUUUUCAAUUAACCAGCGAGAACAACAUUUACCGAUAGUAAAUUUAACAAUAGGUAAAAAUAUAAUUAAAUGUUUAAUCGAUACCGGUUCUACGACAACCUUGAUCGACGAACAUUCAUUAAAAGAAUAUAAAAGGACAAAAUUAGUAAAACCUAACACUCUAUCAUGACAGACAAAAUUAGACUUUGAAAUUAUAAUAGAAGUACCUCAAGAAUUCAAUGACCCAAAUAAAAUGGCUUGGUAACCUCAUUCAGAAAUAAAAACUUCACUUGGUCAAAAUAUAUUAAAAGCAUUAAAUGCAAAAAUUAAUCUUAAAGAAGAUUUUCUUGAAAUUAAUAACAAUAAAAUAAAAUACAUAAAUACGAAAACCCCUACACUGGAACCCUCAACUUUAAAUUUUGAAAACGUAUCAAAACUCUAUAGAGAUGAUAUGAAUGAGGAGGAAAACAUAUAUAGAUUUUGCGAAAAUAUUCUAAUAUGUUUUAUAGAGAAGGAGAAAAGUUAACCCACACACAUAAUAUGAGUAUAAAACACCGGAUAAUAACAAAUACGAAUAAACCUGUAUAUUCUAAAAUAUAUAGGUACCCAAAGAUACACGAAGAAGAAAUUAAAAGGCAGGUGAAUGAAAUGUUGGAGCAAAACAUUAUUAAAGAAAGCUUUUCCCCUUACAAUUCUCCAAUUUGGAUAGUGCCCAAAAAAUCGGAUAAUUCAGGGAAACAAAAAUGGCGUAUUGUUGUAGAUUAUAGAAAAAUAGAAAACUCAACGAAAUCAUAGUCGAUGAUAAAUUUCCUAUUCCUAAUACAGAGAAUAUAUUAGACAAAUUAGGAAAAGCAAAUUACUUUUCAACAAUUGACUUGGCGAAGAGAUUUCACCAAGUAUUAAUGGAUGAAAACGAUCAAAAGAAAACUGCCUUUUCAACGCCCUUCGGGCAUUACGAAUUCAUCCGUAUGCCAUUUGGAUUGAAGAAUUCCCCUUCUACUUUCCAACGUUUGAUUAACUCGGUACUUAGGGAAUAUAUUAACAAAAUAUGCGUUGUAUAUCUCGAUGAUAUACUCAUUUUUAGCACUUCCAUAGAAGAGCAUAUGAACAGCAUAAAAGAAAUUUUUGCAAAAUUAAGGGAGUUCAAUCUUAAAAUCCAAAUAGACAAAUGCAAUUUUUUUUGCGAAGAAACUGAAUAUCUUGGUCACACUUUGACCACAGAAGGAAUUAAACCUAAUUCAAUAAAAAUUGAAGCCAUUAAAAAGCUAAAGCUUCCCCACACUCAAAAACAAAUAAAAUCAUUCUUAAGAAUAACGGGCUACUAUAGGAAAUUCAUAAAGGAUUAUGCUAAAGUAGCUCACGGACUUACAAAGUACCUAAAGAAAAAUACCACAAUUAAUAUAAAAUUAAAAUUAAAAAAAAAUGCUCAAUAACCCUCUGAUUUUGAAAUACCCAGUCUGGUCUAAAAAUUUUAAACUAACAACAAAUGCUAGUGAUAAUGCAAUAGGAGCAGUCCUUUCUCCAGAAAAUCAUCCCAUCGCUUACGCUAGUGGAACCUUAAACGACCACGAAAAACAGUAUGCUGCAAUCGAAAAAGAAUUGCUUGCUAUCGUCUGGUCAGUCAACUAUUUCCGGCCAUAUUUAUAUGGCCAACUAUUUGAACUCUUAACAUACCAUCAACCACUUGUUUGGUUGCACACAAAGACGAAAGGAAAAGAUAUUAACCCAAGACUCCAAAGGUGGCUCUUGAAACUUGGCGAAUAUAACAUACAUAUUAACUACAUAAAGGGUAACGAAAAUAAAGUAGCCAAUUUUAUGAACCGAAUAAAUAGUCAAUCAGUCAACAUAUUAAAUACCGAAAACGUUGAAGAAGAUAACAGCACCUAUCAAAAUUUUACACCACUCAUUAUAGUAGUUAACAGAUUUGCAACUCAAAUUAUAAUUACAAAUAAUACGCAAGACACGAAAGUAGCGAACAGUAAAAUCAAAAUAUAUAUAAAUUCAAAUGAUAUUGAGACUAAUUAUAUGGCCGAUUUGUUUAGGCAACAUAUAAAGUCGAUAACUUCCCGAUAAUUUAUACAGCUAAGUUCAAUCCCACCUGAAAAACUACAAACCGGCUGGGGCCGAUGGAUUGCCGGCCGAGCUAUUCAAACACGGCGGCGAAGAGCUGAUAAGGUGCAUGCAUCAGCUUCUUUGCAAAAUAUGGUCGGACGAAAGUAUGCCCAACGAUUGGAAUUUAAGUGUGCUAUGCCCAAUCCAUAAAAAAGGAGACCCCACAAUCUGCGCCAACUACCGUGGGAUUAGCCUCCUCAACAUCGCAUAUAAGGUUCUGUCAAGCGUAUUUUGUGAGGGAUUAAGCCCACCGUCAACAAACUGAUUGGACUUUAUCAGUGUGGCUUUAGACCUGGUAAAUCAACAACCGACCAGAUAAUCACCAUGCGCCAAAUCUUGGAAAAGACCCGUGAAAGGAGAAUCGACACUCACCACCUCUUCGUCGAUUUCUAAGCUGCUUUCGACAGCACGAAAAAGAGCUGCCUUUAUGCCGCGAUGUCUGAAUUUGAUAUCCCCGCAAAACUAAUACGGCUGUGUAAACUGACGUUGAGUGGCAACAAAAGAUUCGUCAGGAUCGGAAAGCACCUCUCCGAGCCGUUCGAUACCAGACGAGGUUUCAGACAAGGCGACUCCCUAUCGUGCGACUUCUUCAAUCUGCUGCUGGAGAAAAUUAUUCGAGCUGCAAAACUUAAUCGAGCAGGUACAAUCUUUUAUAAGAGUGUACAGCUGCUGGCGUAUGCCGAUGAUAUUGAUAUCGGCGAAUAUCGCAUUCGAUGGAACGAUGAGCUGUACGAGAUAUACGACGACAUUGACAUAGUUCAGUGAAUUAAAAGACAGCGGCUACGCUGGCUAAGUCAUGUUGUCCGGAUGGAUGAAAACACUCCAGCUCUGAAAGUUUUCGACGCAGUACCCGCCGCGGGAAGCAGAGGAAGAGGAAGACCUCCACUCCGUUGGAAGGAUCAAGUGGAGAAGGACCUGGCUUCGCUUGGAAUAUCCAAUUCGCGCCACGUAGCGAAGAGAAGAAACGACUGGCGCGCUGUUGUUGACUCGGCUAUAAUCGACUAAGCGGUGUCUACGCCAGUAAGGAAGAAGAAGAAGUUCAAUCCAAGUUAGUAGAGUUAUUUAACACUGAAGUAAAAUUUUAUAAAUGUAGCUUUAACGCGAAAGAAGUUAGCAGUGAAGAUGAAUUAUUUAAACAAAUUGCUAAAUAUCAUAUUAAUGAAACAGGACAUGCAGGAAUAACAGAAAAUUAUGAAGGUAUCAAAUCAAAACUUUACUACAAAAACCUCAAAAUUUUCGUAGAAAAAUAUAUAAAUAAUUGUGAUAUUUGCAAACAAAAUACAGUAGGAACCCUAUUAAAGCAAAAUUUAAUAUCACAGAAACACCAUUUGAUGUAAAUGAAAUUUUACAUAUGGAUGUUUACACUAUAAAGAAACAGCUUUAUCACAUUCAUUGAUAACUUUUCAAAACAUGCAACAGCCAUACAACUAGAAGACAGAAAUUGUAACACAAUUAUAGAAAAAAAUAGAAUGUAGUUUGUAGUAAACCAAAAAUAAUAAUUAUCUAUAACGAGUUCAACUCAAUAAAUCUUAAAGAUUACCUUAAGACAGAAGAUAUUGAAGUACAUUUUACGAAACCAAACAACCAUACACGUAGAAAGGUGUGCUGUGCAACAUUAGCCGAAAAAUUUAGAACACUUGAAACACAAAAUUCUCAAGAUUCUCACAAGAAUGGGUAUACAAGUGUAUCGAGUGGUACAAUAAAUCCAUACAUUCCACAAUAAAAACAACACCCUUAGACAUAGUAGAGGGCAGGAUAGAAAAAACACUAAUUAAAAACAGAUUAUUAGAAGCAAAAAAAAAAAAUUAUAGAAAAAAGAAAUGAAAAUAAGGAGGAAUUCAUACAUAAAUAAUCACGAAGGUUAUGUAAAAAAUUACAAAGUACUUAGGCAUAAAUAUGAGCUUCGUUACAAAAAAUUAAAACUAGAAAACAUAUACCCAAGUAACAUUAAAAAAAAAAUAAAUUUUCAGAGGCAAUUCAGGUAUAUUAAUCCUAAUGAUAAUACCACUUGCAGACAAUAAUAAGUUUGAAAUUAACUUUCAAGAAACAGAAAUUGCAUAUUACAAUAAUAUCGUAACACAUAUGAAUACUUCAAUAAUCCUAAUGUAAAUAAGCUAAGAAAAGCAAAUCUUUAUUUAUUCAACAAUAAUGUAUGUCCAAAAAUCAAAAAUGCAAAAGGAGAAAUAAAAGAACUCGAAAUUGGAGUCAUUCUUGCAAAAAACAUAAAUAACACAAAAUAAAUAAAUAAUUGUGAUGAACGAAAUGUUACUUUAAAUGAUAAUGAUUUAAUAAUUUUUAGUAAUUGUAAAAUAGAAAUAAAUAAUGUAUUUUUUCCCCAAUUAUGAUAAAACAUUUAAAAAUAGCUUCGUUAAAUUACCCACAUUUAUGUACAAUAAUACAAAAUCAACUUUAUCAUAAGACGAAAUAGUCUUGAAUGAAAUAGACAACAUCAAAAAUAUCAAAGAAUUAAAAUUCCAUAAAAAUAUUCACUCAACAUCAAUCAUUAUAACUUUUGUAAUCAUAUUAUUGAUAAUAAUUAUCACUGUGGUGCUAUUGUCCACAUAUAUGUACAUAUUCUCAAUACUUAGAAUAAAAAUUCGGGAGAAUUUUCAACCAAGGGAAGGAGUAGUUACGUCAGUAGCAACGACGCCAGCUCCAACUCCAAAAACACCAAAAACACAGCUAAGGCUUAGCCUUUACAAUUAAAAAACCAAUGCACGAAAAUACAUAUAAACAAUCAAAAAUUAAACAUGCCGAUUAAGCAUAAACAACAGUUUUUAUUGUUGUCGCUUAUUACUUUGUAGCGACACUUACACAAUUUAUGUACAGAACGACACUUAAGCAAUUUGCUUGCAUAAGGGUCGUUCACUUUAUUAUUGCUUAUAUUACUUUUCGAGCAUUGACCAUCUGCAUAUGCAGAAUUUGUACCCAAACAAAUAGGAGGUGUGUUCAAAAAGUAUCGCGAAAGUUUCGCUGACAGUUUUCUUCGAUUGCAGGGGCGUGGUGCAUCAUGAGUUCUUGCCACAGGGAAGAACGGUCAAUAAGGAAUAUUACCUGCAAGUUAUGCGCAAUUUGCGCGAAGCAAUCCGUCAGAAACGCCCGGAUUUGUCGAAGAACAAAAAUUGGCUUUUGCACCACGAUAACGCCCCUGCUCACACAUCGUUGCUUGUGCGCGACUUUUUGGCCAAAAACAACACACUAAUGAUGCCGCAGCCACCGUAUUCCCCAGAUCUGGCCCCCUGUGACUUUUUCUUGUUCCUUAAACUGAAGAGGCCCAUGAAAGGACGAUGAUACGCUUCUCUUGACGAGAUAAAGACGGCAUCGAAGGAGGAGCUGAAGAAGAUAAAAAAAAUGAUUUUUUUAAGUGCUUCGAAGAUUGGAAAAACCGUUGGCAAAAGUGCAUAAUAUCUCAUGGGGAUUACUUUGGAGGGGACAAUUCAUGAAUAAGUAAAUAAUUUUUGAAAAAACACAAAAUUCGCAAUAAUUUUUGAACACACCUCGUACACAAUAUGUUAUAGUAUAACAGCUUAACAGCUGAACAAUUUUUAUUGUUAUAAAUCGCAGUGACAUUGACAUUUUCAGUUUAGUUCAGAAGAAGCAAUAAAGAAGAGUGAAAUUAAACAUAACUUUGCGUUUUUAUUUAAUCUACACACUUAACUAUUCACUGGGGGUGUUUUUUUACGUGGCGGGUCCCAAACUCAGCGCACAACCCUAUGCAGGGGAUGUUUCGGUUAGAUACUGAUAGAUACUGAGAGUUGAAGAGGGAAGCGAGACGCAUUUGCAGACAAAAGUAUAGAGAGACCGAAACGCGAGAGUAAAAAGAGCUUGACAGCUGGUCGACAAGGGUAAUACUCGAAAAUUCUACGAAAAAUUGCGGCGACUAACAGAAGGCUUCAAUACCGAAGCAUACUCUUGUAGAACCCCCAGAGGUGAUCUAGUGACUGGUGUCUAGAUCAUAAUAAAAUUGCGGAAGGAACACUUCUCCAGCCUUUUAAAUAGCAGUGAGAGCAUAACAGUAGGAGAUGGUGAACCCUUUUCUUAAAUCGAUAACAAUGGAGCGGAAUUACCAUUGUACCGUGAAAAGCAAUUAUUCGUCUGAAGAACAACAAAACGGCGGACCGAUGAAUUGCCGGCCUCAACGGCGGCGAAGAACUGAUUAGGAACAAGCAUCAACUUUCUUACAAAAUUCCUGACGAUUGGAAUUUAAGUGUAAGUUUAAGUUCUAAGCGAUGUCUACGCCUAUAAAGAAGAAGAAGAAUGCGUAAAUAUUUAUUAUGAAAAAUAUGGGAGAGAAUCUGUGUUGCUAAAUCCUUUUUUAAAGGAGUUGUUGAGUAAAUAAUUUAGAGGAAUUGAGGUACCACGUUAGUCUAUUUGCUAUCAUUUUUUCUCGUAAUUUCGCCAAGCAUGUAAGUAGGGAUACAGUAUGGACAUUGGUCUAUAAUUUUGAAUGGAAAUGCCAUUUUUGCUUAGUUUAGUUUAGUGGCUGUUUUAAAAUUUUGUGGGAUUACUUUGUUUUCGUAUGUCCAAUUAUAUAGUGCAAGUAUUCGUUUUUAAUGUCUAUAAGGGAGUUGCCAAUCAUUUUAUAAGUUUUUUUAUCGUGGAUUGGAGAUGUGGAAUUCCUCGAAACAUUCUUCGAAUUCCUCAAUUAUAAUUUUUUUUUUUAUUGAAACGUAACAAGAUGAGGUUUUACAUUUCAUUCGAAUUGCAACUAGUGAUAAGUGUACUAACAAGCAAUAUUUUUCUCAACUUGUAAGGUAAAACAAUUAAAACUCUAUUAAGAAGCUUUUUCAAAGCUAAACUUUGUAUUAAAAACUAAAUAUUAUAAUAUUUGUUAUUUGCUUAGAAGGUCAUGUUACGUUGUCCUCUUCAAUCUGCGCCUGCUAUUUCUGGCCUCUCCUAGUUGUCGGGCUUCAGCGUUUACGUGGUUUUGCAGCCUUGUGGCAUGUUUCGAUGCCGUUUCGCGAAUGACUUCCCGAACCGUUUUUAUGUGAAGAUCACGAUGUAGAUCUGAGUUUCGUAUGUACCACGGGGCAUUUACAAUUUUUCGCAGAACUUUAUUUUGGAAUCUUUGCACCAUUUCGAUGUAUAACGGUGCAGCGCAUCCCCUUAGCUGAAUUCCGUAUGUCCAAAUGGGCUUCAACGUUUGAUUGUAGACUAAAAUUUUAUUUGAGUUUGUUAGCGUCAAACCAAGAUAUUUCGCCGAGGUGGAGUACGGAAUUACUUCAUUCCCAAUAUGUAUAUAAGGGCAUAUGCGUAUCCGUUUUGUUAGUGAAGUUUAUAUGUAUAGACUUCAAUUCGUUGAAAGAAAUAUUCCAUUUUUGUGUCCAUUCUACAAUUAGGUUGAUUGAAGACUGCAUUCUGUUCGACGACUCUACUACAUUUUUACCAGUAGUAAUGAUGCUGGUGUCAUCUGCAAAUGUGGCGAUUGUGCUGUUUGGCGGCGUUGGCAUAUCACUAGUAAACAAAAUGUAUAAAAGUGGUCCCAGGACGCUUCCUUGGGGUACACCUGUUUUUAUUGGCUGUAACAUGGUAUAUGAUUGUCCCAGCUUGAUUCUGAAGUAGCGGUCGCUAAGGUAAGAGGCAAGUAGCUCAGUUAGAUGCUGUGGGAAGAAAAGUCUUAAUUUAUGAAGUAAGCCAUGGUGCCAUACUCUGUCAAAUGCCUGAGAUACAUCAAGAAAAACAACUGUGCAAAUUUGCUUUUUUUCCAUCGCAUCCUCAAUUAUAUCUGUUAUUCGAUGAACUUGAUCGAUUGUAGAAUGUUGCGAUCUAAAUCCAAAUUGAUGAAUUGGUAUAAGGUCCUUUUCUACAAUUAUGUUCUGAAGUCUUUUUAUAAUUACAACUUCAAGUAGUUUGGACAAAAUAGGCAACAGUGAGAUUGGACGAUAUGAUGAUGCUUCUUGUGCGCUUUUCCCGGGUUUUUGUACCAUAACGAUUUCAGAUACCUUCCAUGACAAUGGAACAUAUCUGAGAUUUAAGCAAGCGUUUACUAACGAUGUAAGUUUUUCUAAUGCUUUCCGCGUUAGAUUUUUCAGUACCUCAGCUGUCACCAAGUCGAAGCCGGGAGCUUUUCUUGGUUUAAAUCUACUUUUAAUUAUAUUUUCCACUUCUUCAAUUGUUGCUGGUAGGAUUUCUUCUACGCAUUGCGAUCCUUCCAUCUGAGGUAAUGUUCCAUAGAACAGAAUAGGACUAAACGUUUUAGUAAGUAUUUCUGAAAAAACUUUCGCUUUUUCUUUGUCGCUUUUGGCCCAGGAUCCGUUUGGCUUUCUCAGAGGUGCAUUUGACAAUAUUGGUUUCCUAGCAUUUUUUACUGCUUUCAAAAGGGAAUAAUCGGAUUGUUUGUUUGGCAUUAAUUUCUCAAUACAAUUCGAAAUACUUCGAUUCAUGAAUAACUUUAUUUUAGUACUGAGAACCUUGGUUAAAUUGUUCAGUUCUGUUUUAUAUUGGGGAAAUCGCGUGAUUUGCCAUUUUUUGCGUAGUUUUCUCUUUUUGUUUAUGAGAUCUAAAAUGUCCGAUGGAUAUUUAUUAUAAAAGUUUUUUUGUUUAGGAACGGGAGUACAUUUCCAAGCCGAUUCCUGAAUAGCUUUCGUAAAUGUAUGAACUUCAUCUUCUAACAUAUUUUGAGUUGUUAUAUUUACUUCAAAAUCAAUAUUUUUGUCGAGCAUCACUUUGAAAUACUCCCAAUCCGUAUGUCUAUUAGAAAGAUAAGGCGGUAUGUCAAUUUCUUUAAGAUGGCGAUUUAGGAUUAGAUAGACUGGCGAGUGGUCCGAAUUUAAGUCCAAUCCAUUUUCAAUAGUAAUGAAUGUCUUGGAUAUUUGUCGAGCGAUGAAAAAAUCGAUCAAGUCAGGUAAUUUCCUUGUGUCGGAAGGCCAGUAAGUCGGCUUGCCUGUAGACAUGAAGUCGCAACCAGUGGCCGUAGCAGCUUUAAAUAGCUCUCUCCCCUUCGGUGUCGUAACUCUUAAACCCCAUUGUGAGUGUUUUGCGUUAAAAUCACCACCCAUGAUGAAUUUCCCAUGGUGUUUUAAUAUAAGUUCUGUGUACAAGUCCAUUUUAAUAUUGUGUCUAGGUGGGCUAUAUAUUGCGGUAAUGCUUAUUUUUCCGAAACUAGAUUCAACCGAUAUGGUCGUGGUUUGGAAUUCUGGGAUACAUAUGUAUAUUCAUUUCUUCAUAGUGGGGAAUAUUAUCUCUGAUAAUUACGGCACUCCCUCCUCUCGAAUUGUUAUUUGGGUGAUUUGAGCAAUACGUCUUGUAGUUUUUGAAUCUAACAAAAGUCUCAUUUGUAAAAUGGGUUUCUGAUAUAAGACAAAUAUCAAUUUUUUCAACAUGGAGUAAUGUCUCUAAUUCUUUACUACGUUUGAGUAAACCAUUUGCAUUCCAGGUCAUAAUUUUCAUCGGUUUCAUUUUUGCGCCUUAUUUUCUCUGUGCUGUCGCUCAAGUUUAGUCAGACGUUCGUAGGUAAGUCUAUUUUACUCUUCCAGCUUAUUAAGCUUGUUGAGGAUUAAAGACAAAUUACCAGUAAUAUCACCAGUGGCAUUCGUAUUUGUUUGAUUUUCAGACAGAUGUUGUUAAGCUUUAUUAGCACUUGAGUUAUGCUGGCAAAUGAGGGCUUUCCAGAUUGAUGAUUUACAGUAGUGUCUUCUCUCUGAGGAGCAGUGGAAGUGGUUGUACUUAAGCGUUUUGGUUCAUAUAUAUGCUCUUUAUUUUUUACAGUCGCGUUUUUAAUUUUUUGAAGUUGCUUUGCCACUUCACAUCCUCUAUAGUUCGUAGGGUGAUUUAGACUACAGUUACAGCAUUUUGCCGGUAGUUCGGCAGGCUUUGUGCAGCUUAGUGUUGAAUAAUUUCCGGCGCACUUUACACACCUCGGUGGCUUACAACAAUAGUUUCUAGUGUGGCCGAACGCCUGACAGGAUUUAAACUGCGGCACAAGGUUCGAUGGCUUGAUGGGCUCGAGUUUAAUGACAGAAUUUAGAAUAUGUUUGAUUUCGUAAAUUUUCUUAAUGUUCUCUGUAGGUUCAAAACAUACAAUAAACAUAUUUAACGGGUUUUUUGUCUUAUGUUGAAGUUUGUUUAAAACUUUAAACCCUUGCUUUUGAAGGUCUGUGAUAAUAUAUACUUUCAGGCUCACAUGAGUGAUGAAGGUCUUUUACCAUUACGCGUAUAUCACGCGAUUGUUUGUCUUCGUACGAGUGCCAAGGAAUUUUCGAGUCGUUUAAUUUCUUUGUAAGUAUUCUGUGUUCGGAAAUAUCUGAAAGAUUUAUUUUACAAGAACUUGGGCCAGUGAGCUUGAGUGUGUAAGAUUUUUUUACAUCUGCGUUAAUCAAGGAACGCAUCAAGGGUUGGUUAAAAUUUUCCGAUAUUAUAAUUGGCGGAGGACGAUGGCUUACUUUUCUAUCUGUUUGUUUAAAUGAGUUAAGCAUCCCCCCACUUUAACCGGAAAAACUACCGCAUCCUAAUGCUACAUCUUAAUUCACCACAGGAUGCCACUACAAUACAACACCAAUACAAUCCACCACACUUGCACCAAACCAACUAACAAAAGCAAUGGACAACGGGGUAGCUGGCAUUAUUCGUCCUAAACAAUUCGACAGGUCAUUCGCUACCAACUUUCGUUUACACACAGCGCCGCGUCGUCACCUUUCGCCAGCACCUCCAAUCAAUUCGAUACUUAUAUACAUAUGUACGUUCGAUCAUACGCGGCGCCACGAAAAUCCCUCCUGCGAUCCCUACGCGGUCCGGUACGCAACGUACCCGCUUUGUACACCUACGUACCUUCGUCGUACAUUAAUUAAUAUAAGUUAAUAUAAAUUUUAUAUUAUGAUUUUUUAUAAAAAUGUAAUAAACAUUGUAUUAAAUGAUUGUACAUUUGAAAGUGAGCAUUUUUAUUAAAGAAUAAAGUGGCUUGUACUUCGGUUUGCAAAUUUAAGCAGCAACUUAACUAUGGUCCUUCGAGCCUCACAGAAAGGCACCAGUGGAAAAACAAAAUCCACAAAACACAUAUAAAUAUAUCUGUGCGGUGAACAGAAAAAAAAACAAAAAACAGUGUGCUGUGAAAAAAGCGAAAAAAAAAAAACAAAAGUGCAGUGACCUAAGCAAAAACCAAACAAAAAACGAAGUGACAAAAAACAAAACCAAGUUCGGUGAAAAAGUGCAGAAACUAAUAAAAACAUAAAAAAAAAAAAAAAAAAAAAAAAAAAAAUAAAAGCAAGUAAAUACGCGAGCAAUAAAAGCGAUAACGCAUGCUUAAAUUCUUUUUCGGAAAUAACAGCUCUUAUUUAUUGAAAAGAGUUUUCGGUUAUUCAUAUUUUAAUAAGCCAAUUUUCGGAAACAAAAGCUCUUAUUUACUAAAAAGAGUUUUCGGGAACAAAUUUAUUCUAUUAUAAUAAAAUAUACUUAUAUUUUAUUAACUCAAAUAUUUCUGAAUGAACACAGAUUCAAAAGAAUCUAAAGCAGAAUUCUUAAGAAUUCCGAAAAUGAUUAAUGACGAUAAAAGCCCAUGUACACCUGCUGAAGCUACACGCUCUAAGCAAGGUGCUACAAAGCAAAAAAGGGGGAGGGACAUUUCUUAUAUUAAAUUCAUUUCUGAAAGUGACAGCUUGAUUAAAUAUUGCACUCGAUUUGCAUCUUCACCGAUUCAGGACAACUCUGAAUCGGUACUAGAAAUAAAAAAUAAAUCUAUUGACAAUUUUUGGACACGCCUCCAAGCUGCAUACGACGCAAUAGUAGAAACUGAUGAUUCAGAUCUACCUGAAAAUUUUAAAUCUUCGGCUUACGCCAAAUACGAAAAUUGCUUAGACCGCUAUGAAGACACAAAAGCAAUGAUCUCAGAUCAAUUAAAACUUAUUAAGUCAAUUUCACCUACUCUCCACAGUAGAGUAGAGUUACCACAAUUACAAGCCCAAGAGGCAAGUUCAGGCAUUCAUCUCAAAGUGCCAGCGUGUGAUACGGAAAUAUUUCAUGGAGGUUAUGAACAAUGGCCGUCCUUCCGGGACAUGUUUACAGCCGUGUACAUAAACCAUCCGAAAUUAUCACAAGCGCAAAAACUGUAUCACCUCCGAUACAAAACUAAAGGUCAAGCAGGCGUAAUAGUCAAGCAGUUUGCAUUGAAUGACGAUAAUUUUAAUUUAGCUUGGGAAGCUUUAAGACAAAGAUACGAAAAUGAGAGAAUAUUAGUUGACAAGCAAGUAACGAUACUUAUGAACUUGCCUAAAAUUCAAAGAGAAACCAGUGAAGAAUUCAUGAAACUAGAAUCCACUGUUUCAAAUUGUUUGUCGGUUCUAUCGACACAAAAUAUUCCCACUCACAAUUGGGAUCCUAUUCUGGUAAACAUAUGUACCGCCGCAUUACCAGAAAAAUCAUUACUUUUGUGGGAGCAAUCGCUCUCAUCAAGAAAAAAAGUGCCCAACGUGGCAACAAAUGAAAGAUUUUCUCACCACCCAAUAUGAAAUUGCGGAAAGGUUAGAAGAAAAAAUAAUCAAACCUAAGAACAUUAAACACGACCAAAAUAGAAGCUUAGAUAGACCCCAAGCUAGAAGCAAAAACAAAUCAAACAUAAUUUUUAACAAAAUACAAUCGUUCACAUCCGAACAAAGAAUACAUACGUCAUGCGAACUAUGCACAAGAGGGCACAAGCUAAAAUCUUGCGAAAAGUUUAAGAAAUUAAACAUUAACGAAAGGAACAACUUUGUCAGAUCAAAAAGACUCUGUACAAACUGCUUGUCCCAUACACAUAAAUUUAAAAAUUGCAAAAGCACAUUUAACUGCUUAUAUUGUCAGAAAAGACAUCAUACAAUGCUUCAUUACAGAAGAUAUCCGAUCUCUCUCCAAAGAAGCGCAUUUACAAACUUAACCACGGGUUCAAUUGCAAAAGCAAAUUCCGAAAAACAAAAUUAUAAAAAUAGCCAAGAGACACCAUGUUGCUCAAAGGCACAAAAAGUGCAAACGCUACACAGCGAAAUACAGAAUGGACUAGUUACCGAACUAGUUACAACCAUACCAACUCAAGUUGAGUACAAUAAAAAUAAACACCUUAAUUCACAAUUAAGGAAAUGUCAAAAGUUAAGGAGACUUCCCCCCAUAACUACUCAAUCAAAUAAUGGCAGGUACGUCGUACGACUACCACUAGAGCCACAAUUUUGCAAUACCCCACAUAAUGGUAGGAAAAACAUAGUCAGAUUCCCCCUGACAAUUUAAUAUAAAAACAAAAAUAUAUGUUCGUAACUUUUCGACCCCGCAGGAUGGCUUUCGCCAAUAAUGAUACAAAAAUCCUGCUUAAAAAAUGUCAACUAUGUGGCGCGGUACUAAACGUCAAAUUAGUGCAUACGCACUUAAACAUAUAAAUAAAAAAAAUGCAAUACUGUGACGCACCUAGACUUAACAAAAGCAAAGGUAGCUCUUAUCACACCUACAUUAGCGCUUCUCAUAAGGGUAGUUGGUGAGAAUCACAUACCACUUAAAAAUUAUAAUUCUAAUGAAGCCGUUCGCAAUUACCGGCCACUCUCUCGCAAGAUCCCUCCUUUGUCACAGUCCUAACUCCAGGGCUAAGGAGUACCCAUUCUGGUCAUAUCUGGCCAGGCGUGGAGUUACUAUCCUUCAUAAGCCGAGAAUAAAUAAAGUCCAAACAUUGCCGAUAAUACAGAAAAGGCAUAUAAUAAACUACCGGUAUGCCAAACCGAUAAAUAAUACAUGUAAACAACCGCUAGUAAAAUAAAUAAAAGCAAACAAUUUUUUUUACUAAAAAUAAAUCGUCAAAACACGCAAAACGAAAUUACUACCUCAAGCACCACUAUUUACGAGAUAUAAAAUACAAAUUUAUAUUAAAACCAAAAUAGCUUCUUACAGCUAAUAUUCUGCAACCUCGGCUACUUCGCCAACAGUAAGCUGAAUUACAUGUAUCACCUUAUACAAAAUACUAGGCAAAAUAUUCGCCUAGGGGGCCCAGGAUGUUUAAAUGAGUUAAGCAUCCCCCCACUUUAACCGGAAAAACUACCGCAUCCUAAUGCUACAUCUUAAUUCACCACAGGAUGCCACUACAAUACAACACCAAUACAAUCCACCACACUUGCACCAAACCAACUAACAAAAGCAAUGGACAACGGGGUAGCUGGCAUUAUUCGUCCUAAACAAUUCGACAGGUCAUUCGCUACCAACUUUCGUUUACACACAGCGCCGCGUCGUCACCUUUCGCCAGCACCUCCAAUCAAUUCGAUACUUAUAUACAUAUGUACGUUCGAUCAUACGCGGCGCCACGAAAAUCCCUCCUGCGAUCCCUACGCGGUCCGGUACGCAACGUACCCGCUUUGUACACCUACGUACCUUCGUCGUACAUUAAUUAAUAUAAGUUAAUAUAAAUUUUAUAUUAUGAUUUUUUAUAAAAAUGUAAUAAACAUUGUAUUAAAUGAUUGUACAUUUGAAAGUGAGCAUUUUUAUUAAAGAAUAAAGUGGCUUGUACUUCGGUUUGCAAAUUUAAGCAGCAACUUAACUACUGUUUUAUCUUCCGCUGUUCCAUCCGAAAUCGGAGACUUCAGUGUUACAUCCGGUGAAGAAUCUGGCGUUUCUUACUUUCCCUACUUUUUUUCUUUUUUAAUAGCCAAUUCGUUUCUUUUUCAAGCUCUUCUUCAUCUGUUUCGGCUGCAAAGUUCGAUUUUGAUGGAGAAGAAGAAGUUUCAUUUACAUAUCUGGUUAGCGAUUUCUUUAAGUCUUCAUUUUGAAGCUUAAGUGCCGCAUUUUUGUUUUUCAAUUCAUUGUUCAACGUUUCUAUUGUUUUAAUACGUUCGAGCAACAUACCUAUUUGGUUACAUUGAGAACCCCCACCAGGAGGCGGAGUUUGUAUGUCCAUCACGAUCUUAUUGAAUUGCGGUUACGUUAAGUCAAAGAACUGCUUUACCGACUUCACGUGCAGAUAAUGUAGCGUCCCUGGCCACUUACAACUCUGCGUAGACAGCUGUUUUGCCGUGCGACAGAAACAGCUGAUACCCACUUUAGAUGUUCGGAGGAGAAUUUUAGCGCGAAAAUUAAUUGAGUGUUUUUAAUUUGGUAUUAUUUUUUGUUACUGUUUUAAAUUUCCAAGGUUAAAAAUCACUUAUGUUUUUAACUAUUUUUGUAGAAAUUUCGAGUAAAUUGAUAUACCGCGUGGUGCCAACGAUGCUAAGGUCCUCCGGUGAGUCUGCUUACGAAUCCUCCCAGCCGGGAAUUCACGUACAUUACAAGAAAUUGAGGAGCACACUUUACUGUUGACCGUACGCGUAAACGACCAUACAUAUGAUCACUUAUAAAAUUAAUUUCAAAAAACUUUGUGUACUUCUUCUUCUUAAUUACGCGAUUAUAGCCGAGUUAACAACAGCGCGCCAGUCGUUUCUUCUUUUCGUUACGUGGCGCCAAUUGGAUAUUCCAAGCGAAGCCAGGUCCUUCUUCACUUGGUCCUUCCAACGGAGGACCUCCACUCCUCCUCCUCUGCUUCCCCUGGUGGGUACCGCGUCGAAUACUUUCAGAGCAGGAGUGUUUUCGUCCAAUUGAACAACAUGACCUAGCCAGCGUAGCCGCUGUCUUUUAAUUCGCUGAACUAUGUCAAUGUCGUCAUAUAUCUCGUACAGCUCAUCGUUCCAUCGAAUGCGAUAUUCGCGGUGACCAACGCGCAAAGGACCAUAAAUCUUUCGCAGAACUUUUCUCUCGAAAACUCGCAAUGUCGACUCAUCCGUUGUUGACAUCGUCCAAGCCUCUGCACCAUAUAGCAGGACGGGAAUUAUGAGUGACUUAUAGAGUUUGGUUUUUGUUUGCCGAGAGAGGACUUUACUUCUCAAUUGCCUACUUAGUCCGAAGUAGCACCUGUUGGCAAGAGUUAUCCUGCGUUGGAUUUCUAGGCUGACGUUGUUGGUGGAGUUUACGCUGGUUCCAAGAUAGACGAAAUUAUCUACAACUUCAAAGUUAUGACUGUCAACAGUGACGUGAGUACCAAGUCGCGAGUGCGACGACUGUUUGUUUGAUGACAGGAGAUAUUUCGUCUUGCCCUCGUUCACUGCCAGACCCAUUUCUUUUGCUUCCUUGUCCAGUCUGGAGAAAGCAGAACUAACGGCGCGGGUGUUGAGGCCGAUGAUAUCAAUAUCAUCGGCAUACGCCAGUAGUUGUACACUCUUGUAGAAGAUGGUACCUUCUCUGUUGAGUUCUGCAGCUCGAACUAUUUUCUCCAGAAGCAGGUUGAAAAAGUCGCACGAUAGGGAAUCGCCUUGUCUGAAACCUCGUUUGGUAUCGAACGGCUCGGAGAGGUCCUUCCCGAUCCUGACGGAGCUUUUCGUGUUGCUCAACGUCAGUUUACACAGCCGUAUUAGUUUUGCGGGGAUACCAAAUUCAGACAUCGCGGCAUAAAGGCAGCUCCUUUUCGUGCUGUCGAAAGCAGCUUUGAAAUCGACGAAUAGGUGGUGAGUGUCGAUUCUCCUUUCACGGGUCUUUUCCAAGAUUUGGCGCAUGGUGAAUAUCUGGUCGGUUGUUGAUUUACCAGGUCUGAAGCCACACUGAUAAGGUCCAAUCAGUUUGUUGACGGUGGGCUUUAAUCUUUCACACAAUACGCUCGAUAGAACCUUGUAUGCGAUGUUGAGGAGGCUUAUCCCACGGUAGUUGGCGCAGAUUGUGGGGUCCCCUUUUUUAUGGAUUGGGCAUAGCACACUUAAAUUCCAAUCGUUGGGCAUGCUUUCAUCCGACCAUAUUUUGCAAAGAAGCUGAUGCAUGCUCCUUAUCAGUUCUUCGCCGCCGUGUUUGAAUAGCUCGGCCGGCAAUCCGUCGGCCCCUGCCGCUUUGUUGUUUUUCAGGCGGGCAAUUGCUAUUCGAACUUCUUCCUGGUCGGGCAAUGGAACGUCUGCUCCAUCGUCAUCGAUUGGGGAAUCGGGUUCGUCUUCUCCUGGUGUUGUGCUUUUACUGCCAUUCAGCAGGCUGGAGAAGUGUUCCCUCCAUAAUCUAAGUAUGCUCUGGGCAUCGGUGGCUAGAUCACCUUUGGGGGUUCUACAGGAGUAUGCUCCGGUCUUGAAACCUUCUGUAAGCCGCCGCAUUUUCUCGUAGAAUUUUCGAGCAUUACCCCUGUCGGCCAGCUUAUCAAGCUGUUCGUACUCACGCAUUUCGGCCUCUUUUUUCUUCUGUCUGCAAAUGCGUCUCGCUUCCCUCUUCAACUCUCGGUAUCUGUCCCAUCCCGCACGUGUUGUGGUCGAUCGUAACGUUGCGAGGUAGGCAGCCUGUUUUCUCUCCGCUGCGACACGGCACUCCUCGUCGUACCAGCUGUUCUUUUGCACUUUCCGAAAACCAAUGGUUUCGGUUGCAGCUGUACGUAAGGAGUUUGAAAUGCCAUCCCACAGUUCCCUUAUACCAAGUUGUUGACGAGUGCUCUCAGAGAGCAGGAGUGCAAGCCGAGUAGAAAAUCGUUCGGCUGUCUGUUGUGAUUGCAGCUUCUCGACGUCGAACCUUCCUUGUGUUUGUUGGCGUGCGUUUUUUGCUGCACAGAGGCGGGUGCGAAUUUUGGCUGCAACAAUAUAGUGGUCCGAGUCAAUGUUAGGUCCUCGGAGCGCACGCACAUCUAAAACACUGGAGACGUGUCUUCCGUCUAUCACAACAUGAUCGAUCUGGUUGGUGGUUUUUCGAUCCGGAGACAGCCAGGUAGCUUGAUGUAUCUUCUUAUGCUGGAAUCUAGUACUACAGAUAACCAUAUUUCGGGCCCCGGCGAAGUCGAUCAGCCUCAACCCAUUUGGGGAUGUUUCCUCGUGGAGGCUGAAUUUACCGACCGUAGUGCCAAAGAUACCUUCUUUGCCCACCCUGGCGUUGAAGUCGCCAAGCACGAUUUUGACAUCGUGGCGGGGGCAUCUCUCAUAAGUGCGCUCCAAGCACUCAUAAAAGGCAUCUUUGGUCACAUCGUCCUUCUCUUCCGUCGGGGCGUGGGCGCAAAUCAGCGAUAUGUUGAAGAACCUAGCUUUGAUGCGGAUUGUGGCUAGACGUUCAUUCUCCGGAGUGAAUGAUAGUACUCGGCGACGGAGUCUCUCUCCCACCACGAAUCCAACACCAAACUUGCGCUCCUUUAUAUGGCCACUGUAGUAAAUGUCACAAGGACCUACUCGUUUCUGUCCUUGUCCCGUCCAUCGCAUUUCUUGGACGGCGGUGAUGUCAGCCUUUAUCUUUCCGAGGACAUCUACCAGCUGGGCAGCGGCACCUUCCCAAUUAAGGGACCGGACAUUCCAGGUGCAUGCCCUCAAAUCAUAGUCCUUAUUUCGUUUGCCAUGGUCGUCAUCAAAAGGGGGGUCUCUCAUCCGAGGCUGUGUGUUGUUUUUCAUUGGGGGAGGUUUUUACGUGGCGGGUCCCAAACCCAGCGCACAACCCUAUGCAGGGGAUUUUUCGCCUUCUCACUUUCGCUCGCCUUCAAACGGAUGUUCUUAGGCUACCCAGAGGAUACUUGGUCAAAGACCGGAAGUCGUGAGCUGCUUGAGUCAUAUGUAAAAGAAUCGUUUCUGGCCACUCCCAAGUGAAUGGCGAUCAGAGAACUUUCCUCACUUGCGUGAACUUCUACACAUGACUCCAUCCUCCACACAUUUUUAUUAAAAUCCACACAAAUUAUUAAAAUCUUCAAAAAAAAAGUAUUUUUAACGAAAAUUUUUACUAUUAGUCUUUAAGAGUAAGUUUCUAUAAAAUGAGUGAAAAAACGGUAAAGAUAAGUGAUUUAUUCGAAAAUAAUUUCAUUUACUCCAAAAUAAGUCGCGUUUCAAAUUAGCUGUCAACGGCUGUAUGCAUCAAUUCUUAAGUUUGUCCAAUGCUUCACUAGGUAGUUGAAAUCUGUCAAAAGUUAACACAAUGAGGCCAGUAUGAAUAUGUUUUUCGUCAGUUAGUUUGGUGAACUUGUAUACACCUGUUACUCCUUGAGAGCUGAGUUCACUAAUAAGUUUUUUUCAUCCACUUCGGCACGAUUUUUAUCGGAAACGACACCCUUUACUGCGUUUAAACUAGCGUGUAGUUUCACUGAUAUUGCAUACAUACCACGAAGGUCUUUUGAUUUUUAAAUUUUUUUAACAGAUUUAGCAUUGCUUGCUAGGAUUAAGAUGCUUCGAUUUCUUUACAAAUAGAUUCAAUUGCAAAUGGACCAAGUUUCAUAAGUAUUUUAUCAGUAUUGGGUGAGAUCUCUAAGUAUUUAUAAUCUUUCAAUGUUUUGUUUAUAGUUGGUAAUUUGGAAAGGUUUUUGGUUUUUAAGUCAAUUUGUGCUUUUUUGGAGAAUUGACAACCUCUGAUAGCAAAGAAAAUCUGUUGGAUGAUUUAUCCGGCGGCAAAGAGCCAUUUGUUAUGUUUGUGUGUUUUUAUGUUUUGUUGUGAAUUUUUAUUUUUUUUUUGCUACAAAAAGAAGUAGCAAGAGUAAACUCGAAUUAUGUUAUCAAGAUGUGCACGAGAGAUGCGAGAGAGCGCAUUGCGCAUAAAUAUGGAAAUUCUUGCCAUGGAUAUGUUCCCCACUAUUAGACGCUAGCAUGCUGAUCAUUUUUGUUGUGGCAACUGGUGUUAAAAAAUGUCGUAACUGCAUACUCCAAUUCACUAUUGACCAAAGAGUCGUCGCUUAUCGAACACAUAUUUGUGUAAAUGCUGGCUGUUGCUGAGUUUUAAUAUGUCAGCCCAAGUAAAUUCUGCUUCAUAAGCUUUUGUACAUCAAUGUGAGAUAUUGUAAGGAGGGCAAAGGCGGUGAAGCGAAUUACAGUGUGACCACGCAGAGAUAUUAGAAAAUUGAGGAAAUCUUUCACUGGUACUCCACAUUCGUAAUGCUUCCUUGCUUAAAUAAACAAUUUUGUCAUGAGCUAAAUUCAAGUAGGACUGCUAAUAGAUACGAAGCGCACGACAAUAAUCAGGCGCGUUGUUUCACUGAAAGGAAUGGUUACUACAUGCCCUCGAAUACACAAUUAGCAAGAUACUCUCUGUUUAUUGAUACUUGGAAUUAUCAGCAGGAAAGGCAAGCCAAAACUGUUGUUCAGUGGUUAUAGUAAAGUUUUCUGUUCACUACAGUAUUUAAACGACAAAUGCUAUUGCCAUGCUCAAUCUGGGAAGGUGAAGAUCGCACCUAAAAGGCUACAACAAACCGCAAUGCAGAGUAUCACAAUCAGCUUUGAUACGGGUCGAGAUGAGCGGUAAAGAACUUUGAAGCGUUCCCAUCUCAAGAUGACGUUCAGCAAUUUGCCACAAUAAUAACAAAAAUUAGCUAUACGGGUUUUACAAUAAAUUAUAAUAUAAUAACUCAUAGAAUACGUGGAGUACGACAGCAAUCGGCAGCAUGACCAAUAACGCAUACUUUGCUCAUUUACGAAGUCAUUCAGCCAGAAAUGAGCCUCAUCGCUGAAGUUGAUUUUUCAACGAAAAUCCGGAUCAUUUUCAAGUUCUUGGUCAGUCCAAUUCUAAUUUUUCUACUAGAUGCUCAAUUGUUGAUCUGACAUUACGAUUAUGACGAUCAUAUAUUGGACGCAGUGCUCUUAAAGUUAAGGUCACUCCGAAUUUCGGUAGUAAACUUUAAUAAUUUCGACUCGUUAUUAGAUCGCAUAUCUUUCCAUGAUAAAAUGGCAAACCUUACUUAAGUGAAAUGCAAACCUUGCUGAAGUAAAAUGUCAAAAGAGCGGAAAAAUAUGGCGUCUUUCGCUGACCCUAUCAAUCUCCUUUUGUAUCGUCCUAAUUGCAAAUCCCGUUACAAAUCAGGCCACUUUGAUCAUGGAAUGUUCACCGAUUAACUCCUUAUUUUGAAAAUGCAACCAUGUAAGCGACGAGAAUAGCUUUGGCGACAUCCAAAAAGAACUCAAUCUGACUAAGUUUGAUCUCGUUUUUUCGGUAGGAAAUGGUAAUGAUAUACAUAAGUACAUAUCUCUGAUAAAAUAAUUAUAACUGCUGCAUAAACGCUGAAAUCGGCAAGUUAUUGGUACUCGGUGUAAUAUCUGACCCCAUAUUUCUUUCUACAAAUGUAUUUAAUAAAAAAAAAAACUUUAUAUUUUCAGACUAUAAUAAUUGUAGCAUAAUUUGUAUAUACUAAUUAAAUUGGGAGUGGCCAGAAACGAUUCUUUUGCAGGAGGAUGGAGUCAUGUGUAGAAGUUCACGCAAGUGAGGAAAGUUCUCUGAUCGCCAUUCACUUGGGAGUGGCCAGAAACGAUUCUUUUGCAUAUGACUCAAGCAGCUCACGACUUCCGGUCUUUGACCAAGUAUCCUCUGGGUAGCCUAAGAACAUCCGUUUGAAGGCGAGCUAACGUGAGAAGGCGAAACAUCCCCUGCAUAGGGUUGUGCGCUGGGUUUGGGACCCGCCACGUAAAAAAACACCCCCAAUGAAAAGGAACAACAAGCCUCGGAUGAGUGACCCCCCUUUUGAUGACGACCAUGGCAAACGAAAUAAGGACUACGAAUUGAGGGCAUGCACCUGGAAUGUCCGGUCCCUUAAUUGGGAAGGUGCCGCUGCCCAGCUGGUUGAUGUCCUCGUGAACAUAAAGGCUGACAUCACCGCCGUCCAAAAAAUGCGAUGGACGGGACAAGGACAGAGACAAGUAGGUCCUUGUGACUUUUACUACAGUGGCCAUAUAAAGGAGCGCAAGUUUGGUGUUGGAUUCGUGGUGGGAGAGAGACCCCGUCGCCGAGUACUAUCAUUCACUGCGGUGAAUGAACGUCUAGCCACAAUCCGCAUCAAAGCGAGGUUCUUCAACAUAUCGCUGAUUUGCGCCCACGCCCCGACGGAAGAGAAGGACGAUGUGACCAAAGAUGCCUUUUAUGAGUGCUUGGAGCGCACUUAUGAGAGAUGCCCCCGCGACGAUGUCAAAAUCGUGCUUGGCGACUUUAGCGCCAGGGUGAGCAAAGAAGGUAUCUUUGGCACUACGGUCGGUAAAUUCAGCCUCCACGACGAAACAUCCCCAAAUGGGUUGAGGCUGAUCGACUUCGCCGGGGCCCGAAAUAUGGUUAUCUGUAGUACUAGAUUCCAGCAUAAGAAGAUACAUCAAGCUACCUGGCUGUCUCCGGAUCGAAAAACCACCAACCAGAUCGAUCAUGUUGUGAUAGACGGAAGACACGUCUCCAGUGUUUUAGAUGUGCGUGCGCUCCGAGGUCCUAACAUUGACUCGGACCACUAUAUUGUUUCAGCCAAAAUUCGCACCCACCUCUGUGCAGCAAAAAACGCACGCCAACAAACACAAGGAAGGUUCGACGUCGAGAAGCUGCAAUCACAACAGACAGCCGAACGAUUUUGUACUCGGCUUGCACUCCUGCUCUCUGAGAGCACUCGUCAACAACUCGGUAUAAGGGAACUGUGGGACGGUAUUUCAAACUCCUUACGUACAGCUGCAACCAAAACCAUUGGUUUUCGGAAAGUGCAAAAGAACAGCUGGUACGACGAGGAGUGCCGUGUCGCAGCGGAGAGAAAACAGGCUGCCUACCUCGCAACGUUACGAUCGACCACAACACGUGCGGGAUGGGAUAGAUACCGAGAGUUGAAGAGGGAAGCGAGACGCAUUGGCAAACAGAAGAAGAAAGAGGCCGAAAUGCGUGAGUACGAACAGCUUGAUAAGCUGGCCGACAGGGGUAAUGCUCGAAAAUUCUACGAAAAAAUGCGGUGGCUUACAGAAGGUUUCAAGACCGGAGCAUACUCCCGUAGAACCCCCCAAGGUGAUCUAGCCACCGAUGCCCAGAGCAUACUUAAAUUAUGGAGGGAACACUUCUCCAGCCUGCUGAAUGGCAGUGAACGCACAACACCAGGAGAAGGCGAACCCGAUUCCCCAAUCGAUGACGAUGGAGCAGACGUUCCAUUACCCGACCAUGAAGAAGUUCGAAUAGCAAUCACCCGCCUGAAGAACAACAAGGCGGCAGGGGCCGAUGGAUUGCCGGCCGAGCUAUUCAAACACGGCGGCGAAGAACUAAUAAGGAGCAUGCAUCAACUUCUUUGUAAAAUAUGGUCGGACGAAAGCAUGCCCAACGACUGGAAUUUAAGUGUGCUAUGCCCAAUCCAUAAAAAAGGAGACCCCACAAUCUGCGCCAACUACCGUGGGAUUAGCCUCCUCAACAUCGCAUAUAAGGUUCUAUCGAGCGUAUUGUGUGAAAGAUUAAAGCCCACCGUCAACGAACUGAUUGGACCUUAUCAGUGUGACUUUAGACCUGGCAAAUCAACAACCGACCAGAUAUUCACCAUGCGCCAAAUCUUGGAAAAGACCCGUGAAAGGAGAAUCGACACACACCACCUCUUCGUCGAUUUCAAAGCUGCUUUCGACAGCACGAAAAGGAGCUGCCUUUAUGCCGCGAUGUCUGAAUUUGGUAUCCCCGCAAAACUGAUACGGCUGUGUAAACUGACGUUGAGCGGCACCAAAAGCUCCGUCAGGAUCGGGAAGAACCUCUCCGAGCCGUUCGAUACCAAACGAGGUUUCAGAUAAGGCGACUCCCUAUCGUGCGACUUUUUCAAUCUGCUGCUGGAGAAAAUAGUUCGAGCUGCAGAACUUAAUCGAGCAGGUACAAUCUUCUAUAAGAGUGUACAGCUGCUGGCGUAUGCCGAUGAUAUUGAUAUCAUCGGCCUCAACACCCGCGCCGUUAGUUCUGCUUUCUCCAGGCUGGACAAGGAAGCAAAACGAAUGGGUCUGGCAGUGAACGAGGGCAAGACGAAAUAUCUCCUGUCAUCAAACAAACAGUCGUCGCACUCGCGACUUGGCACUCACGUCACUGUUGACAGUCAUAACUUUGAAGUUGUAGAUAAUUUCGUCUAUCUUGGAACCAGCGUAAACACCACCAACAAUGUCAGCCUAGAAAUCCAACGCAGGAUAACUCUUGCCAACAGGUGCUACUUCGGACUGAGUAGGCAAUUGAGAAGUAAAGUUGUUCAAAUUUGAACAUGUUCGUUGCUGCCAAAGCACGGACAACAAUAUUAUAUUUAAAUCUUUUAUAUAUUUCAAUGUUAAAUAAGAUAAGAAAUAAUCUAACUAUUGUAAUCAUACAGUCCACUACUAAUAGAUAUCUAUGUUCAAAUAUAUUGAACAUACGUAAAUAAACACAUAAAAUAUAUGCAUUGAUAUGCAACAUACAAACAUAUACAUAUGAGGCACGUAUGCAUUAAUAAGUGAUACGCAUGCACUCAAGAAAUACAUACUAAACAUAUUUACUUAGGUUUGGGCAAUUGAUUACAAAUGCACAUGUGCACUUGAAAACAACCCAAACUAAGCAAUAUAAAUUAUACUUGUAUGACAGCACACACAUACACACAUGUAUUGUAUUGUAUAGUUGAAAACAACCCCAUGUGGUGUGCUGUAAAUAUAUAUGUAUAUAUUUAAUUAGAUAAGUUAGACUUCUAAAAUAUUAUAUAAGGUUUACAAAUUUAAUAAUAAAAUUAGAAUGAAUAUAUUCUCACUUGACGAAAGACGUUUUUUAAUUCCCCCCACCAGAGGUAAGGAUUACUAAAUCUUUGUUAAGUUAUAAACAUUUGGUCCUUCGAGCCGGAUUGUUGGCUCAGCCAAAGAAAGGCCUGUAUAAGGGAAAUACAGGCAAGUAAGACCUGUAUGAAAGAAAAUACAGGCAAUAUAUGUAAAAGUCCUAUUAUAUACGUAUAUAUAGGCAAUAUAAAAGCCCUGUUAUUUACACAGGCAAAUUAAUACAGAAAUUGUAAGACGGGUUCAUAUUCCCGCAUAUUUAUAUGAUCACAUAAGCCGUUUAGUACGAAACUAAACGCUGUGUAAAACUGUUUAUUUAAAAAAAUUAUAUAUUCAGCGGCUGUGAAUCGAGGCACGGCAAGGUCAACCAGGCGACCAAAACAAAUACCUCCAACGAUUUUUUUUAAAGAACAGUUCAUUAAAAAAAAAAAAAAUAAGUUGAAAUGUCGAACAUUGCGGACAUGUCUAAAGUAAAAGACCAAAAGACUGAAUCUCUAGUGCAGAGAAUACAAAAUAGAGCACACAGUCUUCGAUAUUACAUCGAUGAAGGAAAAAUGAAUUUAUUUAGCACCAAUGAAAAUGUGCUUAAGACUUGUGACACCCACAUUAGGAAUAUGUGGAGGUUAUUAGAAAAGGAUUAUGAAGAACUAUGUGGAAUACCGUACUUAACGAAUUAUAAAACGGAAGUGGAAGACUUAGAACAGCAAGUAUAUGAUAUAGUGUAUACAUUAGCUAAACAAAUAAUUUUCGUAACAAAAGAAAAAGAUGAUAGAAAACGAGCUGAGCAGCUCAAAAUGGAACUCAAAACCAAAGAAAUGGAGAAGGCACAAACAAGUCUCUCCGAUUACCAAGCUUUUGAUCAAGAAAAAUUCGCAGCCCUCGAGUCACAACUGGAAGCACAAGCUGUGGUACAUAAGCGUACACUCGAUUCGUAUCGCUUAGAAAUUGAUAACAAACUCUCACAAAAGCAACAACAACUCGAUGAAGCCGAACAACGCGAACUCAAAUUAAAAGAGCGUUUCACUUUAUUGGCGAUUUCCGAGCAAGAGUUGCGUGAAAAAUUUACUAGCACUAAAAAUGCCUGCGCCGCCCGCUUCCAGGCGGCCACAGAACGCGAACAUAACUUGGAUGAACGAGUGCAAGCGUUGACAAAGGAACUCAAUGAGCUUAGAGCUUCCAAUGAGAACAAGGAACGCGAGUUACGUGACAAGUUAAAUCUGUCACAGGAUGAGAUUUCGGUUUUACGAUACUCUCAGCGCAGCUUUAACGAGAGCCUGGAUCGCAGCAGUGGCAUUAGUUCGCCACGCAAAUCCAGUAUGUCGGAACUGGCGCGUCUGAAAAGUGAAGCGGAUAGUUUACAUUGUGUGUUGGAGUUAAAACAGAAGGAAAUUUCCAAGUUGACUAAACAUAAUGAAGAGCUAAUGCGUGAUGCUGAGGAACGUGGCAUUUUGCAGAGCAAAAUAUCUUUGCUUGAAUCAAACAAUGAGAUGUUGAAGUCAGAGCUGGAUAUCAAGUCGGAGAAGGAGAAGGACUUUCUUCGUAAAAUCAAUUACAAAACAAAAGAGCAAAAGGAAUCUUGGAGAGCUACCACGGGAAGAGAAGACGUUAACAGGUAUUUUAUUCCCCGGGAGAGCCUCACUUCGAAGGAAGUAGAGAGGCUGGUUAUAUUAUUACAGAUACAACAUUGGUACUUGACCCCUCCGAAGAGAAGCAAAAUGCAGGCAUGGCAAUUAAAGUCGCUGAUGUUGGAGUUAUGGCAGUGGAAGAUGCAGUACUGAAUCCAAAGGCCAAGAAGAAGACGCGGAUGGCAUGUCUACCAAUCAAACACAUACAACAAUUACCGAAAGGCGAAUGCAGUGAAGAGGAGAAUACUAAGGUACGAAAAAAGAAGCGUCACAUCAAAGGUACACCGUCGUCCAACGUGAAAGAUGAAAAGUCAGCAGGAUACCGUUGUAACGAAUUUGCAGAAAUAGUGAUGAACAAACUAAUUCAACAUAGAAAGGCUCGUAGUCAUCAUGAACGUCACUUAGUUGGCGAACAUGACACGAUCACAAACUGUAAGCCACUUUUGCCGCCCGGGAUAAUGUUCAAAAUUGAACAUGUUCGUUGCUGCCGAAGCACGGACAACAAUAUUAUAUUUAAAUCUUUUAUAUAUUUCAAUGUUAAAUACGAUAAGAAAUAAUCUAGCUAUUGUAAUCAUACAGUCCACUACUAAUAGAUAUCUAUGUUCAAAUAUAUUGAACAUACGUAAAUAAACACAUAAAAUAUAUGCAUUGAUAUGCAACAUACAAACAUAUACAUAUGAGGCACGUAUGCAUUAAUAAGUGAUACGCAUGCACUCAAGAAAUACAUACUAAAC